AUGGCCGCUGACCCUCCCAAGGCCGACCCGGCCAAGGCAAUUGAAGCGAUCCGCGAAGCUCGCCCGCCCGCGACCGACCGCUUCACGUACCUGACCAUCAUCGAGGCCAACCUCUGCCGCGAAGUGCUCCCCACGCUCAAUGAGGUCCUCCAAGACGCAGAGCUCACCCAGGAAAUAGGAUGGGACUUGGUGAACAACCUCGUCAGCCUGCCCGGCGCCGAGCACUGUCUCGAGACGGUUGCGCGGCUGGGCAAUCCACGAGAGGUGAUCCUCAAAGUGCUCGAGACGCUGGAGCUCUUGCUGGGCGAGGGCGAAGAGGAGGAAGAGGAAGAAGAAGAAGAGAAAGAAGAGAAAGAAGAGAAAGAAGAGAAAGAAGAGAAAGAAGAGAAAGAAGAGAAAGAAGAGAAAGAAGAGAAAGAAGAGAAAGACACAGAACAAACGGUUUCGCCGACACACAAGUUCAUCACCCUCCUCGGCAUGCUCGCCAUCCUCCAUAAGCGCAUCAAGACCAAGUAUCCCAGCCGCUUCCUCGCGCAGACCCUGCAAACCGUCUACAGCACCUACCGCCCCAACCAAGAGAUGACCGCGUCGGUGAUCAACCUUGUGCACAGCCUGUCUGGCCAGCGGAGACCGCCGCUGCCGUCGAGGAAGUCCUCCGUAAACGUGGCCAACCCGGAUCAGGACGGCGACGCGUCCAAGAACGCGCCAGAUCCCGAGGCUGACAGGGACGAGCGGGAGGACGACCCGACCGAGGUUGCGCUACAGCAGAAGCUGCUGCUGAGCUUUGCGACGUGCAUUCUGGAGGCGUACGUCAAUGGAAAUGACAUGGCGUGGGCGGCGAGGCUCCUGGAGUUCUACAGCCCGGACAAGAUCGUGCCGGGGAGGAGGACGCUGAUGGCUGCUUUCCGGGAAGAGCAGGAGCUGCUUGCCAGGGAUGCUAUUGUUGGGAAGCUAGUGGCACUGAUCGGCGACCUCGGUCUCGACUCAUGCUCGAAAGACUUCAUCCACCAGCUCUGCGACGGCCCAAUGCACAGCGAGCCGCUUUCUGAAGCCGGCGAGCUCUCUACUCCAGACAAAAUUGCCCUCUCCACCGGCGGCUGCGUCUGCCUGCUCGCCUACUGGGUGUUCUCGUCCACCCUCUUCGACGCCGCGCACAGCCAGCCGGAGAUGCGCAUCUUCCCGGAGCACUUUGCCGUGCUGGAGAAGUUCCUGCAAGACGACGCCCACACCCAGAUCCAGCGAUCCGUCGGCACCAUAGAGGCCCUCCUCGCCCUGGGCCUCUGGCUCCAGUCCAACAACCUGAUCUCCGCCACGCCGACCUCCCCGCUGACCAACCCGACCACCUCCCCGGAGGACUCAGCGUCCGAUUUCAUGCGCUACAUCCAUCUCACCACGCUAAUAGCCCUCUACCACCCGCAACUCCAAGCCCGCAACGCAGCCAGCGUGCUCGCAGGCCUGGUCCUGCACUCGGACCCGUCAGACGACGACCGCCUGAAGAUCCUCGAAGAUCUGCUGGAGAACUGCAUGUACGCCAAUCUCAAGGCGCGGGCGGUCGUCUGGUUGCGGGAAGAGCUCAUAUCCGCCUCGGCGGCUCCAUCCACGAGUGGCACAUCCACCCCGCGACAACAACAACAGCAGCAGCAGCAGCAGCAACAGCCACAAAAUCUCUUCGCCACCCCUCAAGCCCUCGAGACAGUGCAAUACGUCGUCUUCCCCUCGUUGGACUCGCUGCUCGACCUGCCGACGCCAGACCUAGUCGAGUUUGUCGUGGCGAACAUGCCCUUCCUGAUGCAGGCUGUCAACUUUGCCGUCUUCCUCUGGGGUUCUCUAUCAGGCGAUAGCAAUACUGAAACCGCUAGCAGUAGCAACAGCAGCAACCGGUGGAGGCAUGUCCUGCCCGCGAACAUGGAAGCUGCCGUCGAGGAGAGGUGGGUUAAGCCGCUGAGGGAGGUGGUGGAGCGCGUGGAUAGGGAGAGGAAGAGCGGUGAGUUUGGACAGGAGGCCGUCCCCGUGGAGAUGGGGAUUUUGGAGGGAGAGCUGAGUCUGUUGACGGAGCGAAUCUCGCGGCUGGAGGGGGCCGGGUCGGGGGCCGGGGGUGUCAAGGCUGGCGCGUGA